CGAGAACAACUUUUGUUAGUAUGAAAAAAGACACAGUAUUGCUGCGCGCGUGAGGCGUCACCCCGAUAGGCUAUAAAUAGAAUGAAGAAAAUGAAUGAGGUGCAAUAAUAAUUAAGUGGAUGAGAAAAGGCCGGCCGGCACGUAGGUAGCUGCUAGGAUGGAGGAAAAUAAUGGUGAUAGCCGCCGCAGUAGUAACCUGAAGAGCGGUGGUAGCGCGUUAAUGUCAACUUCUCUUGCUCUUCCUCUGUCACCGUCGCGGCCUGAAAAGGCUCCGGCGGCGAUGACCCAAAAGAAGCCGCCUGGCGGGUGGAGAGCCAUGCCUUACGUUCUAGGGAACGAGACAUUUGAGAGGCUGGCAUCAACAGGGUUGAUGGCGAACUUCUCAGUGUUCUUGCUGACAGUGUAUCACAUGGACAUCGUGGCGGCCUCCAACAUGAUGAGCAUCUGGUCCGCUGUCACCAGCUUCAUCCCUCUCUUCGGGGCCUUCCUUUCUGACUCUUACCUCGGCCGAUUCUGGACCAUCGCUUUCUCCUCCAUCGCUGAAAUCUUCGGGAUGUCGACAUUGACCAUAAUAGCGCUAGUUCCAGGUCUGCGACCACCGCAAUGCGACGUGGUCCAAUCACACGAGUGCAAGGGGCCCACGAAAUCACAGCUGGGUUGUCUGUUCUUCGGUCUGGGGCUGCUGGCCAUCGGCUCCGGCGGAAUCCGGCCGUGCAGCAUCCCCUUCGGCGUGGACCAGUUCGAUGCGGCGACAGAGGAGGGGCGGAAAGGGAUCAGCAGCUUCUUCAACUGGUACUACACCUCCUUCACCGUGGUGCUCAUCUUCUCCCUAACCAUCAUCGUCUACAUCCAGGACUCGGUGAGUUGGGCGGUGGGGUUCGGCAUCCCCACCGCCCUCAUGGUCUUCGCCAUUGUCUUCUUCUUCGUCGGCACCCGCAUCUACGUCUACGUCAAGCCGCAGGGCAGCGUCUUCUCCAUCAUCGCUCAAGUUCUCGUUGCCGCCUUCCACAAACGCAAACUUAAGCUCCCCGAUCACGACGCUGCUGCCGCCUAUUACGACCCUCCACUUCCUUCUUCCGUUAAGAGAAAGCUUCUCCUCACCAAAGACUACAGGAUUUUAAACAAAGCCGCAGUGAUAAGAGAUGGAGAUUUGAAGGAAGAUGGAACAGCGAGUAGUGGAUGGCGGAUAGUAAGCAUCCAUCAAACGGAAGAAGUGAAAUGCCUGGUAAGAAUCAUCCCGAUAUGGGCAGCCGGAAUCAUACCUUUGGUAGCCGUUGCGCAGCAGGGCACCUUCACAUUGUCGCAGGCUCUGAAAAUGGACCGCCACAUCGGCCCCAAGUUCCAGAUCCCGGCCGGCUCCCUCUUCGUGGUCUCCAUGAUCACCCUCGCGCUCUGGAUCCCGG